AUGAAUCUCUAUACUCUUGCUGACGGUCUUGGCGGCACCCAUGUUACUUGGGAUGAUAUCGAAGAAGACAUGCAGAGGGUAUUUAGCACCAAGGCCAUUUUUGGGCCUAAUAAAUCCAUAAAGGAUAUUGGAAAUGGUCGAGGAUUUAUGUCCAGAAUCCUUCUUGUUAAUCCUGACUGGCAACAUAUCGAUAAAGAACUUCCCGAAGCCUUCAUUGUCAAG